AUGCCAGACUAUAAGCUCCAAUCAGACUUUUCAUUUGCCGGUGGUAUUCCUGAAGCACCAUUCAAGCUACAUGAGUCCAUGACUAAGAAAUUGGAUCCAGAAUACGUGAAAUUUUUCAAUUCCACUUUGAGUAGCAAUCCUAACAUAGCUUAUACUCAUAGAGUUCCAUUAGAAAAGUUAAGGAAGGCAGGAAAUGUGAUUCCUGGUCAAACACCAUUAACUGAAAUGGCAAAAACUUAUGACAUAGAGAUUCCAAGAAAGCAUACAAAAGCUGCUAAUUCAAUCCCUGCUAGGGUAUUUGUUCCUAAAGGAAAUAAACCUAGUGAAGGAUGGCCCUUGUUAGUAUGGUUUCAUGGUGGGGGUUGGGUUCUAGGAGGUUUGGAUACGGAGAACUCAUUUUGCACGAAAGUGGCUGACCUUUGCAAAUGUGUGGUUGUUAGCGUGGAUUAUAGAUUAGCUCCUCAAGAUCCGUUUCCAGCAUGUGUUGAUGAUUCAUUUGAAGCAGUUCUCUGGGCGUUAGAAUUAGGCCCUACUGAAUUAGAAAUCAACUCUACUAAAAUAUGUGUGGGAGGGUCUUCUGCCGGUGGUAAUUUAACAGCCAUAGUCACACAUAAGUAUGCUAAUUCGGAAUUGGCUAGUAAAUUGCCUCCCAUCUGCUUCCAGCUUAUGGUUGUACCGGUUACUGACAAUUCUGCUACUGCAGAAACUCAACCAUCGUGGGGGGAAAAUGAAUAUACACCUCAAUUACCGGCUGAGAAAAUGAUAUGGUAUAGGACUUUAUAUUUACAAAAAGGAGGUGACGAGUAUAUUAACCCUGAAUCAUCACCAUUAUUUUAUCCAAAUGAAAGUUUUGUUAAACUACCUCCUUGUUUUAUAGCAGCUGCAGAAUGCGAUGUUUUAAGAUCAGAGGCGGAAGCAUAUGCUAAAAAAUUGAAACAAAAUGGUAUUCCAACUGAAAUAGUAAUCUAUCCGGGUGUACCACACCCAGUAAUGGUUAUGGAUGCAAUAUUACAGCAAGGUAGAGAUCUCAUCCAAAAUACAACAGACGCACUUAAGAAAGCAUUCUAUAAUUAG